UUGGCAACACUACUGUAUCAUAACCUCUGCGGAGAUCAUCUGGAGAUUUUAAUUAAAAAAUCUCUUUUUAUACACGAAGUUUCCUUUGGAAAUAGUAGAAAAUGUCUGACCUUCCUUAUGGACCACCAGUUAGGGUAUCGCCCUUGAUUCGGUUUGGGCGUUGGUCUUUCUUAACUGCCGGUAUCUUAUACGGCGCCUUCCAUCAGAACAGGCUUUCAAAGAAGGAAGCCAAGUUCCGUGAGAUUGAAGCCAAAGAGAAGGUGAUCAGGGACGCAAAACUUAAGGAAGAGAAAGCUAUUGCUGCUGCAGCUGAACUCAAAGCUUUGGAAGAAAUGGUCGCAGGCAAGAAGUAGGCUGUAUAAACAGUCGUUUUAAGACAAUAGUGGAUGUUGCCGUUGUUAAAAAAAAUGUUAAUUACAUUUCCAAUGGUGAAACUAUUCCAUCAAGUUUUUAAUUAUGUUUAUUUAAAGAAAUAUAGAUCAUAAUCAAAUUA